AUGGGUGAGCUUGUAAAUGCUGCAAGAACAUUAGGUGAAACAGGAAAUUUUGUAGAUGGUUUUAAAAGACUUGUUUCAAAUGUUUUAACAAACACAAAGAAAUUAUUUAGAUAUACCAUACAUAACGGUCAGAUUUUCGAACAGAUAGCAACAAACCCUCCGGUUAUGGCUGCGUUGAUGAUGGUUAGAGAUAUAAAACCACGUAACGACGGGAACGAAGAACAUGAACAACAGGAUACUGGUCGGGUUAUUCGAGACAUUAAAAACGUGUAUCCUGAAGUUAUUGAUUUAUUUAGAGGAGUUAAUGAUUCAAUUUCAAAACAUUCUAUAACCCUCGAUGAAGAGAAUAAAUUAACAGAUUAUAUAUUCGUCAUUAUUGCAGAAUUAAUGAAGAGAAUAAAUGAAAAAGGAAUUGGUGAUAUCAUUAAUGUCAGCGAUGUAAUGAUGAAAAGAAAUUUUGACUCAUUAUUUACAAAACCGAAAACAGAAUAUAGUCUUUAUGACGUAAUUACCGAAUUAAUGAAAAAGAUUAAUGAUAAUAAGAGUUCUGGCGGAAGAGUUGAAUUAGAAGUGAAUGAUGUUAAUGAGAAAUUAGCCGAAAAAGCAGACAAAAAUGAGCUUUUAGCUCUGAGUGAUAAAGUCAAGAACCACGUUCAUUAUAUAACUUCAGACGAACAGAUUAUAACGGACUACCAUGGAUAUUUAACACGAAGUGAUGAAGUGAAGACGGAAGACCCCAAUGAAAGAAGAUAUAAAUACAUUCGUGCUAAAGGUUAUGACAUAAGCUGUACUGUACAGUAUGACACGGGUAAAGCACCAGAAGCAUUUAGUUAUAACGAUGAAAUUUAUGCCUCUACUUUCUCUGUUAAAGGUGUAUUAGUUGAACCAAGAUUUACUUUGAGAGUUAAGUCAAAAAUAACGUUUGAAGAUGCUAUUAAAAGUAAAGCUGACAAAGUUGAACUCGAAGCAAUGAACAAAGUUUUGAAAUCUCAUAAACACAACAUCUCCGAUAUAAAUGAACUUCAAGCUACAUUAGACAGUAAAGCCGACAAGAACCAUACACAUAAAUCCUUCACUACUGUUAGAGCAGACGACAUAAUAUUGAACUAUACCCUUGGUUCAAGUGCACCUUUAGAGAAUCCAAGUACAAGCGUAAAAGAUACACUAAACUCCUUAAAUAGUAAAUGUAUGAACAUUGAAGGUCAUGUCAGAAACUUUGAAACACAUGAACUACCAGCAAUGUUAGAUAAAAAAGCAGAUAAAACUUAUGUGGAUGCAGAACUAACAAAGAA